UGAAAGAGUAAAGGGAAGUCGAAUGUAUUUUACUCGCGCUUUUCGAUGGAUACGCGACACUAAUAUCUUUGCAAAGGAAUGUAGCCGCAAUAUUGCUUUAGGGAUGGAUGUCUGAUUAAAUCAAGAUGUCGGAACUGCACUUCCUCUUUUUUGAUAACCAUGACACUGUAAACAGAAUGAUGACCACCUCUGUUUUCAACUGGCCUGAAAACGCAACAGCUCAAAUAUAGUAUAGCAGAUCAUACCAGAUAAGAGUGUGGACAGUUAACAGUUAAUUAAGACUCACUGUUGCAAUUUUCCUUUAGUGUGUUGUGUAAAAAUUAGAUUCUGGAAAAGCCCACUGUCCACAUAGGUUUCUGACAAAUUAAAAACAUGUUUUCGGCAUUGAAAAAACUGGUGGGAUCCGAGCCGGGUCAGCUCAGAGACAAGAACAUUCCUGCUGGCCUGCAGUCCAUGAACCAAAGUCUGCAAAGACGCUUCGCUAAAGGGGUGCAGUACAAUAUGAAAAUCGUCAUCCGUGGCGAUAGGAACACUGGAAAGAGUACUUUAUGGUAUCGACUGCAGGGCAAGAAGUUUGUGGAAGAGUACAUCCCCACCCAGGAGAUCCAAGCCACAAGUAUCCAUUGGAAUUACAAAAUGGCUCCAUAUCAAGCUACUGAUGAUGUGGUCAAGGUAGAGGUGUGGGACGUGGUCGACAAAGGCCAAAAAUAUCCUCUUCCUGAAGGUGUAGGCAAAGGCAAAAAGCGUGGAGAUAAUUUGAAACUCGAGAAUGAGCCGCAAGAGUCAGAUGAGGUAGCCCUUGAUGCAGAGUUUCUAGAUGUUUACAAGAAUUGCAAUGGCGUUAUCAUGAUGUUUGACAUUACCAAGCAGUGGACAUUUAACUACAUCUUAAGGGAACUUCCCAAAGUGCCCACUCAUGUACCAGUGUGUGUGCUGGGAAACCAUAGAGACAUGGGUGAGCAUCGGGUCAUCCUGCCUGAUGACAUAAGGGAGCUGAUUGCUGGACUGAACAGACCAAUGGGAUCCUCUUACAUCCACUAUGCUGAAUCUUCUAUGAAGAAUGGCUUUGGCUUAAAAUACCUGCACAGAUUUUUUAACAUCCCCUUCCUACAACUACAGAGAGAGACCCUUCUGAGGCAACUGGAGACAAACCAGUUGGACAUGGAUGCCACCCUAGAAGAGCUUUGUGUACAGCAGGAGACAGAAGAUCAAAAUUAUGAAAUUUUCCUGGAGAACUUAGACUCCCGCAGUAAGGGCUAUGGCUCACCUGGUCCAGCAAACGGUCAGAGUCCUUCCUCAGGGUCCCAGUCCCCCAUUGUUCCUCCAAGUGGUGCCUCCACGGGAAGUUCCAGCCCGAGCACACCUCAACCCCCAAUUCCCUCCCAGCCACUCCCACAGUCCCCCUCUGUGUCGGCUCACUCGGCUCCAGCUCUCGCUGCAGCCGUUGGCAGAACAACCUCGCCUUCAGCUGAAUUAAAGUCUUCAGCUCAAUCCCCAGAGCACCUCCAGUCCUCUGUCACACCCGUGUCAGCCCCCCAGAAACGCAGCUUCAUGUCUCGAUGGUUUGGCUCAUCGCCUGUCCCUGAGACUUCUGUUAGUGCAUCAGAUGACCUACCUGCAUCAGUGUGUCCUACUUUAGUACAAAGUGUGGAUGACUUUGUGCCAGAUGAUAGACUGGACAAGAGUUUCCUAGAGGACAGUUUGCCCUUAAAGACAAAAGUGCCUCAAACAGUUGUGGACAGCGACAGUGAUUUUGAAGACAGAGGAAACCCAAUGGUGUCUGGUUUCCAGGAUGAGCUUGAUCCUGAUGACACAGAGCCCAAUCUUCCACUGCCUAAAAUGCUGCCUCCCAGAAAAGAUAUCCCUUUGACCAGUGAUGAGGAGGAGCAAACGCUUCCUUCUGUGAAAAAGGACCAGGACCUGGACAGUGAACCUGAACUGAAAACCUACAUCACAAAACCAAAGGUGGCAAUUAAAGCGUCAGAUUCCAGAGACCAGUCCGCAGCUCCCAUCUUCCUUACUUUAGCUCCAGCAGAAGAGCAGCCCACCCAGCAGCAAGGAAAAAAGAAAGGAGUCUCACCCAUGGCUGGGGACUCUGAUACCGACCCUGAGGCCCCCGUGGCGCAACAAAUGCUUUCUUUUGUUAUGGAUGAUCCUGACUUUGAGUCUGAAGCAUCAGACACACCAAAAAUAGCAAAGAGUACAUUCCCUGCCAGGGAUGAACUUCUAUCUGACCUCUCAGACGAUGACGUGCAGUCAGCCAAGGUGCCAAAACCUGUGAAUCCCACUGUGAUCUCCUUUAAACAAAAGGAUGUUACUGACCUUUUUGGCCUGGGUAUCCAAGAAGAACCCUCAGCAACCAAAGAGAGCAGCGAGGAGCAAGAAGAGAAAGAAAGAAAACACUCCUCCAAAGACAAGAAGAAAAAGAAGAAGAAAAGCAAAGAGGAGGACGAAAAGAGUAAGAAGAAACAUAAACACUCUAAGAAAAAGGAAAAAGAUGAAGCUGUUGACGACAAAGAGAAAAAGAAGAAGAAAUCGAGGACCAAGAAAACAGAAGUGGAUGAGCUGGAAGACUUUCUAGGAGGAGGAUCAAGCUUAACGAAAAGAGAUGAUGGAGAUUAUGAAGAACUAUAAGAUGUCCCAUUUUAUGAGUAAACUGAACCUGAGAAAUAACUGUUGCAAUGACUGAGAUCACGACCUGGUUCCCUGACUUGUAUGUGCACAAAGUUGUAUCCCAAGCCAUACAAAAUGCAAUACACAAAGCUACCAACGACCCCCAGGUAAAACCUGACACUCUGGAUGUGGCCCUGUUAGUUCCUUCUGGUGUGAUAGAUUUUUCCUUCACUGCACUUACGCUGUCUUUCAUUCCAUUCAGUUAGAAACGGGAAGGAGACUACAAACUGACGAUCUCUGUAGCUGUAAUCUCCUUUUUUUCUUUUUCUUUGAUGUGAUUGGACAUUGGUGAAUAUUUGAAACUCUUGAAGAGAUCCACCUCAAGUUAGUCUCUGUAAUUCGGAUUACCAUUCUGUCUAAAUCUUUGUGUGGUUGGACUAAUGUUUGCCAGCAUGCUAGAAGUAAUUCUCCGGUUAUCUGUCUGUCAUUAUACUGUUUUGCUUCAACAUGUAAUGGUACAUUCUUUCCCUGGUUGACAUCUUUAAAGGUAACGUGGAAUAAUAACCGAAAGCUUUUCGAGCAAAACUGUACAUCCAUUAAAACAAGCUUCUCCUUUGCGCCAUUGGAGUAAGUAAUUGAGUAACCUUGUUUGGACUACUAACGGCUAACAUUGGACUUUUUCUUCUGUUUUUAGAGCAACAGAUUCCAUCAUGUUAUUACAGCUAGUCUUUGUCAUGCCACUCCACAUGCAUGGGGAGUUGGAAACAAAAAUAUGACAUAUGUGCAUUCUGUCAUGUAUGGUGAUAUAGUAUGUAAUUGAAAAAAAAAAAAAUCACCUCAGAGAAAAAGGACUCAAUCAUCAGUCUGUUUUGUAUCUCAAAGUAAGAGCUGUUUAGAUUUUAAAUGAUAUCCGGGUCAAGAGGUUUAAAGCGGCUUGGGUCAAAGAUCGAGCACGUUUUUCUCACAACUCUACCCAUUAGGUUAUGUCUGUCAUCUAAUUAAAGAUAAUUUCCCAGAGACUGCUCAAAUGGCAGCAUUUACUUAUGUAGACUCUAAUAUGGACCAACAGAAUUAGCUGUCAUAAUUCUAAAAUUGGCUCCUUGUGGAUGGAGCAAAUCUGCAGCUGCCGGAUGCUAUGCUUCGGUGUUUUGUUGAAACCUCUUGCAGAGGAAUCAUCACUGUAAUUAGUUUAAAAAAAAAAAAAAAAGCUGCUACAUUUUUCUUCGCUGGCGUUGUCCACAUCCAAACCUGUUUACUUUGAAUGCCUUAACAGAGGUUGCAAUGCUAUCAUGAACCAUUUUAAGUGUUCUUACUAUAAUGUGAUCAUAUCACCUCUGCUGGUAAGACUCAUAUUUAUAAAGCCUGUUUUAAUAUUGCAAGGACUAACUAAACUUUGUCAUUUGGUUUUGGUUUUUGUGUUUAAUUGUCUCUGCAUAUUGCAUAAUUUCCAAUUUUAAUGAACUGGUUAGUUAUUGUUACAGGACGGCAUGGUUGUUUUGGUGUACAUUUUGGUGAAGAUGUUCAAACACACAAUGCAGGAUUUCAUACAAAACAGUUUACAGCACAAUUUUUUUUCUCUCGUGUUAUACGGUUUACUUUAUUUCCACUCUUUUUUAGGGAAUAGUACACCGUCAUGCAUUGCUGUAUGUGUCAGGCCAGAAUAGCUGAUCAUGAUAGAAAUUAAAUGUACAACAUCCUAAGACUGUCUCCAACAUACCUGUAUUUCAAAUAAGUGAAGCACUAAAUGAUUUAUUUGAGUUUCGAGCUCAUCUCCCACAAUCCAAGUUUCCGCUCUAUUGGUUUACUUGGUGUGUUGAAAAUUCCACAGCUGAAACUUUACAGCAUUGAUCCUGGUUGUUUUUUCCCACUCCAUGUUAUUGAGGAUAAAUGCUGAAAGCAGUUUCAACCAAAGCACGAAACGUGUAUGUACAUCAAGUAAGGAAUGUCUAUCUUAUGAAAAUAAUAGAUGAAGAGUGUCACUGAUUUUUCAUGAAAUUGUUACAGACUGGAAAAAUGCAAAGAUGAUUUGUUACGACUACAUCAGUAAUAGUUUUUAGAACUGACAUGCACUUUGAAGUUUUUUUCAGGUAUCAGGUUUCUUCCAAAUGGAUAUACAGUAUAACAUUUUGAAACGAGUCCCAUAAUUUCUUUCCUACCCUAUGACAUGGUCCAUCUUUACACUGUGUGAGUUUGACAAUGUUUGGGUUGUACAAUAAAAGUAAAUGUAUUUCUUAA